AUGCCUCCCCGGCCACCGAAUCGCAACGUCUCCUCCCCACUCCGCCCCGCCCCCAACGCCCCAUACCACCCCCCAACCGAUACGACCACCUACCGCGAUCUGCUGCUAUUCGAAGAGCGCCUCAAAAGCAAUGCAGAGAUGCUCAAGCGAAGAAGGAGGAGGUACAUGAUAUUUUUGUGGUCUUUCGUCGCUGUCUUGGGUUGUAUGGGGCAUAAACUUGUGAUACAUCCUCCAGACAACACGCUGCUACUACGUGCCCUUCAAGCGAGCGUAGCCGUCGUUUCUAUCACGCUGGUGCUCUUCUUUGCCAGUGGAAUGUACGAAGAGAAGAUUCGAUAUGCCCAUAGCUACAUAAACCACUCAAACAGAUCCCUACGUCCACUCAAUAUGCACCUAAACAUGCGCCGCCCCCUCCCCUUCCCCUUCUCCCUUCCCUUCUUCCCCUCCGCCCUCCGCCCCACCUCCGCCAACUCUGCCCGUCGCCCAUCCUCUACCCCCUCCCCAACAUCCUUCAAACCCUCGCUCCCCGGCAAGAACCUCCCCUCCACCCUCUCCCCCAACGCCACCAACAAAUCCCGCCGCCCCUCCGUCAGCCCAAACGUCAUGGCCACCAUCCCCCCCUCAUCCAACCCCCGGGGCGAACUCAUCUUCUCCUCCCGCGUCGACCGUUCCUUCCGCGAAGGCUACGAGCGCUACCGUUCCGCCUUCGAACGGCGCCGCGAAGAAAAGCAGCGCGCGGCGAGGGCGGAAAGGGGCUGGUUUUGGUUCUUGUAUGGUGAUACCGGACUGGCGGGAGGAGGGGGGAGGGGGGUGAGCCCGAGUCCGAGUGUGGGGAGCGUUAGUAGUGGGUCGAGUAAGAGGAGGUCGGAGACGCCGUCGCCGUCGGGCACGACGAGGACUUUGACGCCGAUACAGGGGAGAGAGCAUAGACGUAGUCUGAGUCCGAGUUCGCUAGGUAUAGAGCUUGGGUUGAAGGCUGAAUAG